GUGGGGACUGGGGAGCAGGAUCUGUACACCAUGGACGGGGCCGAGAGCGCAGCGCGGAGGCUGCUCCAGCCCUGCAGCCCGCGGGGCAGCGCGGAGGUACCACAAAGGCAUCUGGCCCCUCUGGGAAAAGAGCGAGAAGCAGCUAAAGCCGAGGAGGAUUGGCAAAGUGAGGAGCUGCUGAAACAGACGGCAGCCGAGAGGCAGAAGAUUGUCUGGGAGUGGCAGGAGCUGCGAGGAUUUCUGGAGGAGCAGGAGCAGCAGCUGCUGUCCCGGCUGGAAGAGCUAGAGAGAGCCAUUGUCCAGAGAAGGGAUGAAGGCGUCUGCAACCUGUCCUGGGAGAUUUCCCUGCUCAGCGAGAGGGGAGGAGAGAAGGGGCAGCAGCUGCUGAGCCAACCCCUGCAGGGUGCUGGGAGCACUGGCGGCAGCAGGGAGGACAGGACGUUUCAGAAGCCAGAGCCAUCGUUUGUGGAGCUGGAGAAGAGACUCUGCCAUUUCUCUCUGAAAAGUGCCAUGCUGCAGGAGGUGCUUCUGGGAUUCAAAGAGACGCUGCGACGGGGGCUGGGGAGCGACACAGCCAUCCCGAUGAUGAUUAAUUUCUGGGAAACAUCCUCAGCAGAAUUAUUUGAAGGUGUUGUACCAGACAGUAAAGGCACAGAGGCAGUGGCUUGUGGGAAAGAGGGCGGCAGAAUAACGCCCAUCUUUGGCUCCAGAUUGUCCCAGCCUCCCACGGGACAGGGAAGGGAACUGGCUGUAGUGGAGCCAGUCCAGGGGCCGGUGACUUUCGAGGAGGUGGCUGUGUAUUUCACGAGGGAAGAGUGGGCUCGGCUGGACCCCCGUCAAAGAGCCCUCUGCAGAGACGUCAUGCAGGAGAACUAUGAGAAUGUGACCUCGCUGGCAGGUGAUGCAAUGGAGUGUGAGAAAGAGGAGCAAAAUUCUCAGCAGGGAAAUGUUGAGCAAGUGGAUAAAGACAGAGAAUUAUGGCAAAGAUCGAAAAGGAAUGUGUCCAGGAGUCAUGAGCAGAGAAACUCCUGUGAGAUUCAGCACAGACCAGAAAAAGAGCAGGGAAACCAGCCAGGGGAGAAAGUGUUUAAAUGUAUUUCCUGUUGGAGAACUCAGAUGGACCUCAAGGAAACCACAAAACAGCAGGAAAUCUUCAGGGGAAAGAGAAAAAAUACAUGCGCUGAGUGUGGGAAAAACUUAUGUGACUACUCAACCCAUAUAAAGCGUCAGAGAAUCCACACAGGGGAGAGGCCCUAUGAGUGCAAUGAAUGUGGAAAACGCUUCACUAAGAGCUCAGGCCUUUCUGAACAUAAGAGAAUCCACACAGGAGAGAGACCCUAUGAAUGCCGUGAAUGUGGAAAACGCUUCACUAAGAGCUCAGCCCUUUCUGAACAUCAGAGAAUCCACACAGGGGAGAGGCCCUUUGAAUGCCGUGAAUGUGGAAAAUGCUUCACUAACACCUCAGGCAUUUCUAAACAUCAGAGAAUCCACACGGGGGAGAGGCCCUAUGAAUGCCGUGAGUGUGGGAAAAACUUCACUAAGAGCUCAGCCCUUUCUGAACAUCAGAGAAUCCACACAGGAGAGAGGCCCUAUGAAUGCAGUGAGUGUGGGAAAACCUUCAAUCGCAGCUCAAACCUUAUUACCCAUCAGACAAUCCACACAGGGGAGAGGCCCUAUAAAUGCCAGGAGUGUGGAAAAUGCUUCCUUAGCAGCUCAGCCCUUUCUAAACAUGAGAGAAUCCACACAGGGGAGAGGCCAUAUGAAUGCAGUGAAUGUAGAAAAUGCUUCCUUAGCAGCUCAGCCCUUUCUGAACACGAGAGAAUCCACACAGGCGAGAGGCCCUAUGAAUGCUCUGAGUGUCGGAAAACCUUCACUCGCCGCUCAAACUUUAUUACCCAUCAGCGAAUCCACACAGGGGAGAGGCCUUAUAAAUGCUGUGUGUGUGGAAAAGACUUCACCCGCAGCUCAGGCCUUUCUGAACAUCAGAGAAUCCAUACAGGGGAGAGGCCCUUUGAAUGCCAUGAGUGUGGAAAAUGCUUCACUAACACCUCCGCACUUUCUAAACAUCAGAGAAUCCACACAGGGAGGCCCUAUGAAUGCUGUGAGUGUGGGAAAAGCUUCUCUUGGCCCUCAGCCCAUGUGACCCAUCAGAGAAUCUGCAAGGGAGAUCAACACCAUAAAAACCUCUAGGGCUAUCAGUACUUUUUUCUUUAAUAUUUUUUCCUGAGUCCAACAUAGUAACUUUUAAAGCUGCUUGAGCUAUUUGCAACACUGUUAUCCCUCAGCUUGUCCAGAUGAGUGGUCCAUUUUUGCCUUUUGCAGUUUGCCCUGUUUUGAGGUGGGCCCAUUUGUCCUUUCUGUCAGCUCCAUUCUCUCAUGAGUAAUUCGAGUGUGCCCUUCCUAUCAGGAACCAGGGAGCAUCACAUUUAUACCAUUCCUCCUAUUGCAAAGUUAUUGUUAGAAUCACAAAUGAUACAGAUUGUAUCAUUGCCAAUUGUUCUCACAUUGCUCUGGGUUGUGCUGAAGAGCAGUUCUAUUGGAAACUUUUCUAAUUAUAUGUAAAUGAAGAGGAGCAGGGGCAGGAAAAAAAGUGUCAUUUCAGUCUCUGUGACAGUGGAAGGAUAUGGGGUGACUCAGAGAUUCCCUACUUCCCCAUCACUGCAGAACUGUUACCUUUUGUCUGAGCUAGGCAGAGUUUAUCGUCAUCACAUUCUAUCCAUCCAUUUCUCAAAGUGUCCUGUGAUGAAGCAUUCUCCAUUGUCUGUGCUUGGACAUGAUGGUUUGACUUCUUUAAUCCUAUAUCAGAGUCACUGUGACUGG